ACUCCCUUCUCUCUCUGGCCGUUGUGUUGGCCUAUUCAACUUCACCUUCGUCAAACCCCCCCUCACCUCCCAAACUCUGAAACUCCCUUCUUUUUUCUUAUAUAAACCCUUGUUUUUCACUUUUUCACAAGUCAUAAACAAAGUUUAUCCAUCUUUAGUCUUCUCUUUAGGUUUGGAGAAAGUAAAAAAAGAAAGAAAGAAAAUUCAAUGGAUUGCUUGGUCUUGCCUGUUUCAAUCUUCAGAAGGCGAUCCUCGGGUUCACGGUUAGGCUACCGACCUCUGACGGAGGAGUUGGACAGGCCGGUGACCGUAGUGGUUGGGAAGGAAAAGAGGGAGUUUCUGGUUGACCCUUUUGUGUUAGAAGAGAGUCCGUUCAGGGUUUUGAUCGAUUCGAUGAAGAAGGAUGCUGGGACAAAUGGGGAGGAGGAGGAGAAGAAGAAGAAGAAUAGGGUGAUUUUUGUAGACGUGGAUGCUAUAUUGUUUGAACACCUGCUCUGGUUGAUGUACAAUGAUUGUUCCUCUCUGUUUCAGCUUAAUCUCGAGGAGAUUAUUGACUUCUAUGCUCAGGAUUGUUAGAAGCAAGAAAUUACUUCUGCUGAUUUCAUGAAUUCUUCAACCACCAUUGUACUCUUAAUCUUUUGUAACACUUACCCAAACAUACAAUAUAUAAUACAUUUAUAUUACAUAA